AUGGCGACUCUUCACACUGAGCCUCACACCACGGGACGGCGUGCCUCCAUCGAACGACGAACAAGCGUAGUCGCAGAAGAUGUCGCCCACCUUCCAGACGUCGACGCUUCCGUCGCCGACGAUGCCGCCAAAGCCACCGAGAGCGAGACGUCCAUGACCCUGAUGCAAGGCAUCAAGACAUACCCCAAAGCAGUCGGAUGGUCGAUCUUACUCUCAACAUGUAUCAUCAUGGAGGGCUUCGACAUUGUCUUGAUCAACUCUCUAUACGCUCUUCCAGCGUUCCAGCAACGCUUCGGCACUCGAGACAGCGAUGGCUCCUAUCAGAUCUCUGCGGCCUGGCAAUCUGGUCUGUCGAAUGGUGCCCUCGUGGGAGAGAUUCUGGGACUCUUCUUCGUGGGUGUCGUAGCUGAGCGCAUCGGCUUCAAGAAGACGUUGAUCGGGGCUUUGGUGCUUCUCACUGGAUUCAUCUUCCUCUUGUUCUUUGCUCAAAACCUUGCCAUGCUCUUGGUCGGAGAAAUUCUAUGCGGCAUUCCAUGGGGAGCUUUCCAAACCUUGACCACAACCUACGCAGCUGAGGUGGUCCCCGUCACUCUUCGCCCAUACCUCACUACAUAUGUCAAUCUGUGCUGGGUCAUCGGACAGUUCCUGUCGUCAGCCGUCUUGAAAGGCGUCAGCGAGAAGACAGGAUCCAUUGGAUACAAGCUGCCUUAUGGACUGCAGUGGAUGUGGCCCGUUCCUCUGAUCAUUGGGAUUGCUCUUGCCCCAGAAAGUCCCUGGUGGCUUACUGAUUUCGACCCCGAUGCUACCAUCAACAUGAUGGUCUACACCAACGAGCUGGAGAAAGAGCAUGUAUCUGGCGCACAGUAUUGGCAUUGCUUCAAGGGCGUGAAUCUGAGGCGGACGGAAAUCGUAACAAUUGUAUGGGCGAUUCAGACUCUCUGUGGCGCAUCGUCGUUUACCGGAUAUUCGACCUACUUCUUCCAGCAAGCCGGACUGGAUACUUCGCACGCGUUUUCUCUCUCACUUGGACAGUAUGCGCUUGGAGCGGUCGGGACUCUCCUAUCCUGGUUCCUCAUGGGCUGGUUCGGCCGCCGGACGCUGUACAUCUGGGGCCAGGUGAUCAUGGCUUUGAUCCUGAUGAUUGUUGGCUUCCUAGGCAUUGCCCAUGGCUCGGGAGCUCAGUGGGGCAUCGGCGCCAUGAUUCUCAUCUACACCUUCGUCUAUGAUGCCACCGUCGGGCCAGUCUGCUACUCUCUCGUAGCCGAGCUUGCGUCGACACGUCUCCGCAACAAGACCGUCGUUCUCGCCAGGAACUUGUACAACAUCACCGGUCUGAUUGCCAACAUCCUCACUCCCCAUAUGCUGAACCCGACUUCCUGGAACUGGGGCGCAAAAGCCGGGUUCUUCUGGGGUGGAAUCUGUGCACUGUGCGCUGUUUGGACGUUCUUCAGAUUGCCAGAACCCAAGGGACGAACAUUCGCCGAGCUCGACGUCCUGUUUCAAGCCAAGGUUCCAGCACGCAAGUUUGCGUCUACGGAUGUUCUUGCACUGUCUGGAUCGUCUGCGUCGUCGGCGGCGUUUCGCGCUGAGAAGUCCAAGUCCGUCCAGGAGACGAUUGAACGGGUCGAUAGCGAGUGA